AAAGGGAGGAGAAAGAAGAAAAAGAAAGAGAGAAGAGGAAGGGGAGAGAAGGAAGAAAGAGAAAAGAGAAAGAAGAGGAGAGAGAGGAAAAAAAGAAGGAGAAAAGAAGAGAGGAGAGAGAGAAAAAAAAAAGAAGAGGGAGGAGAGAAAAAAAAGAAGGAGAGAGGAGAAGAAGGAAAAGAGGAGAAGAAAGAGGAAAGAGAGAAAGGGGGGGGAAAGAGAAGGAAGAAGGAGAAAGAAAGAAAAGAGGAAAAAAGAAGAGAGGAGAAGAAAAAAGAAAAAAAGGGAGAAGAAGAAGAAAAGAAAAAAGAAAGAAAAGAAAAGAAAGAAAAAAAAGAAGGAAGAGAGAAAG